UGCCGACCAUUGCAUGCAUGUUUUACAAAGACACAUACAAUGAACUAAACCCCCAAAACGAUAUACCCUGUACCAUAUAUCCUAAGUUUCAGCUGUACCGCCCGAAUAGUCCACAGAUUGUGCAGUAGUUUACACUUGGGUCGGCAAUCUCUCGUACGUGUUAGUAGUUUGAUAAGACCAUAAAUGGCCGGUACUCUCUCUCUAUAUAUAUAUGUGCAUGUUGAAACGUACGGUUCCUACAAAUAUCCAUAUUUAAUUUGCAUAGUUCUUAAAUAAAUGGCUUCCUCGUUAAUGAGCAGAAACGGAGUGGAAAAAAACGACAAGACGUUUCACAAGUUUUUUGAAACAUGGCUAGCUGAGCAGAAGCAAGAAUUGAAAGUGCUGGUUUCUGCCUCGAGAGAUGUAAGUAAAGGUAAUAAUAAUGUGGUGGACGAGAGGGUGUUGGUGCCACUCAUUAAACGGGUUAUACAACACUAUGAGGGGUAUUAUGGGGAGAAGUCAAAAUAUAUAGAGGAAGAUGUUUUUGGGAUGUUAAAUCCUACAUGGAGGAGUAAUCUUGAGGGAGCUUUCUUAUGGAUUGGAGGUUGGAGACCAAGCAUGGCCUUUCACUUGCUCUAUUCAAAAUCAGGGUUGCAAUUCGAAGCUUGUCUUCCCCAGUUGAUUAGAGGAAUCACAACGGGUGACUUAGGGGACCUCUCUCCUGACCAAAUAGGUAAGGUUGAUGAACUGCAAAAGAAAACUAUAUGGGAGGAAAAAAAUUCGAGUGAGAAACUAGCCAGGGUUCAAGAAAGUGUUGCAGAUGCAUCAAUGGUGGAGUUAUCCCAUAUUGUGACUCAGCUGAUGAUGAUUAGUGGAAGUGGAGGAGGAGGAGGAGGAGGAAAAAUACUCGAUGAAGAAGUGGAAGCAAAUCUGGCAACAAAGGAGGAAGGUCUAGUAAUAAUCCUGCAAAAGGCAGAUAAUCUAAGGCUAAACACUCUCAAGGAAAUUUUAGCCAUUUUAACACCAACUCAAGCAAUUCAUUUCCUGAUUGCUGCUGCUGAGCUCCAUUUAAGGCUUCACGAGUGGGGCAAGAUAAAGGAUGCAACUACUACCACCACCAUCACCAACCAUAAUCACUUGAUCUAAACACACAUGUGUGUCCACGUGUAGCAAAUAGUACAAGUACCUAAAAAUGAAAAAAAAAAAAAUUAGUUUAAUUUGGUUGUAGAAACAUGCUUAUUGCAUUUCAGAAGCCUUUCAUUUGUAAUAGAAUUCCCUAAUGUGUUUAUUCGUGUUAUAUAUAGAGUUAUCUAUAGAUUA